AUGGAUGACUUCUCCAGUUAUAACCAAAUAAGAACGACUCCGGAGGACAUGGAGAAAACUACCUUCAAUACCCCAUGGGGUACUUUCUACUACAAGGUAAUUCCUUUUGGACUAAAUAAUGCUAGUGCAACCUACCAACAUGGCAUGGUCAUGCUCUUUCAUGAUAUGAUUCAUAAAGAGAUCGAGGUCUACAACGAUGACAUGAUUUCCAAAUCACAAACUGAAGAGGAGCAUCUUGUCAACCUUGAGAAGCUCUUUGAAAGUUUAAGGAAAUUCAAGUUGAGGCUAAAUCCCAGUAAAGGCACAUUUUGGGUGAGAUCUGGAAAACUGCUAGGUUUUAUCGUCAUCCAACGUGGUAUUAAAGUGAAUCGUAAGAAGGUAAAGGUGCUACAAGCUAUGCCUGUGCCCAAAAAUGAAAAGACAGCCUACAAGACCUCAAUAGGGACCACACCCUUUAAAUUAGUCUAUGGUAAAUCAUGUCAUCUCCCUGUGGAAUUAGAACACAAAGCUUAUUGGGCAAUUAAGACCCUAAAUCUAAAUUAUACUUCCGCAGGCGAGAAGCGAAUUUUAGACAUUCAUGAAUUGGAAGAACUUCGACUAGACGCCUAUGAGAAUGCCAAGAUAUACAAAGAACGAACAAAAAAAUGGCACGAUAAACGUAUAUCUAGGAAAGAGUUUAAUGUCGGUGACAUAGUGCUACUAUUUAAUUCGACACUUAAGCUUUUUCCGGGAAAACUUAAAUCUAGGUGGUCAGGCCCUUUCGAAAUUACAAAAGUCUUUAAAAGCGGUGUGAUAGAAAUCAAAAGUAGAAAUAGUGAACCGUUUAUGGUAAACGGGCAGCGAUUAAAACAUUAUCAUAAUAUUGACAAUAGAGACUACUCAAAUAGUCUAAGACUUAUAGAGCUGCCUGCUCAACCCCAAAACUAG